AUGGAGAGCGAAGCUCAUGCUGUCUAUAGCCAUCUCGACGAGCCUGUCAGAAUCCGCCUGUUCAGUGCUCAACUCAGUGCCGCUCCUUCCUACGAGGCCCUGUCCUACACAUGGGGAGAUCCAACUUUGACAUCUGUGAUCGAGGCACUCUCUGACAAGGGCGAGGAUGAGCACAAGCCGGGUGUCGAAUUCCGCAGCACGGCCAACUGCUAUGCGGCCCUCAAGCGUCUUCGAAACCUCGAUGCCAACCGAGUUCUUUGGGUCGAUUCGGUCUGCAUCAACCAGUCACAUAUCCCAGAGCGAAACCACCAGGUCAAUCUCAUGGCGGAUAUCUACCGAGCAGCUUCCAGGGUUGUUGUUUACCUUGGCGAGAGCGAUGAGAAUAGUGUCGUGGUACUUUCAUGGAUUCGAGAACUCGACCAACCAUCCGAUUUCGGCAACGGGAGCGGUGCUUUGCCACCUAGCAAAGAGGCGGUUGAAGGAUUUUUCAGAAGGCCGUGGUUCCAUCGCAUUUGGGUUAUCCAGGAGAUUAGUCUUGCACAAAAGGCAGUUGUUGUAUGCGGUAAAGAUGAGGUUGACUGGGGAAGCUUCACUGUUCUUUACCAACACAACGAGAAUGCAACACGGGCAGCCCGGCUUGAGUUGCCAUACCCCGUCACGUUUGCGAGCCGGUACAACAAGCCAUACCGGGAUGGCACUAUGACGUACGCCAGGAGGCUGGUGCGGAUGCUUGGAAGAUCACGGCAUUGUGAGGCGACGGAUCCGCGGGAUAAGUUGUAUGCCAUCAUCCCGCUGGUGAAUAUCCGAGAUGGCUCAAGGACGGAGGGGUCGUGGGAAGAGGUUCUGGGGAUCAGUGUAGAGUAUUCAUUGUCUGUUAAUCGGGUGUUCACUGACAUGGCCGUUGCGUUGCUCAACCAACAAGUUCCGCUUGACGACGUUCUUCGCCAUCACGUACCGGGCCAUGAGGCACGAGGUCUAUCUUCGUGGGUACCAGAUUGGAGGAUUCAGCGGGAGAAUGGCUGGCGUCAUGCAAAAUAUGAGCGGAUAUUCAAGGGGUUUCCCGGAUUUCGAGGACACCCAUUGAUGUUUGGGGUCCCGGGAAUCAUUCUGGACAAGAAUGGAACGCGACCAGCCGUGGUUGGAUAUACGGAUUCCUCCACGGACAGGUGUCCGAUACGUGUGCACGCCAUCAAUGUUGGGAAUAUCAUCAAGACUGGCCCUGUUUGCUCAGUUGCUGAUGAUUUCUUUCCUGUUUCAAACUGGAAGGAACUUGUUGAAGAGGCGCGACGACAGGGAUCAGUCGUGCCCAAAUUGGAGAGACUCAUGGAGAUAAUGAUUACUUUGAAGUUGGGGUAUCCAAAUUUUGUCCCGCGAGGUGUUGGGCUUAUUGAGCGGUAUAACGAGCAAAUGGAAAAGGGGACGUGUCCGAGGAAGCCGUUAAGGCAGGUGAUUGGUGAGACGGCAUCUCGUAAUGGGGCGAGGGCUCGGCAUGAGAUGGAUGCGAUCUUGUCGGUUUGCGAUGGGAAGAGGCUUGCGAUUACUGAUGGUGGGUUUGUUGCUGUUGUACCGGGGAACGCGGAGGUUGAUGAUGCUGUUUGGGUGUUGGAUCGGGUUAGGAUGCCAUUUGUUUGUAGGAGGACCGGGUCUGGGAAGGCAAAUGGGGUGAGACUUAUUGGAGCUUCUUUCUUUUUUGGUAUUAUGGAGUUAGAAACUAUGAAAGAACAUGUAAGUGACGUGCGGGCUAAGGCGGAGGUUAUGAGGCGGGUGGAGGAGCUGGUUGUUGAAUGA